AUUUCAAUACCGAAGACAACUCUUUAAGUUGCUUACAGACUGACACAGAUAUGAACCAAGAAAAGGCCAAACGAAAAGAAACCAAAAGGUCUUUCACCUGUUCAGAGUGUGGAUGGGUUUUCACUCAGAAACGAUUCCUGACGAGGCACUUAAGAAUCCACACUGGAGAGAAACCUUUCACGUGCGCUCAGUGUAGGAAAAGUUUCACCCGCAAAGAAAGGCUUCAUAUGCACAUGAGAAUACACACCGGAGUGAAGCCGUUCACAUGCCCUCAGUGCGGAAAGAGUUUCAGAGAGAAGAGGAUCCUUCAAAAUCACAUCCGAAUUCACACUGGAGAAAAGCCGUUCACGUGUCGUCAGUGUGGGAAGAGUUUCACACAGAAAGUAAACCAGAAAACUCACAUGAGAAUUCACACCGGAGAGAAGCCGUUCUCGUGCCAUCAGUGUGGGAAGAGCUUCGCAAGCAAAGGAAACCUUAAUAUGCACAUGCGAACUCACACCGGAGUGAAGCCUUUCAAAUGUCAGCAGUGUGGAGUGAGUUUCACAGAGAGGAAAAUCCUUAGGAAUCACAUACGAAUACACACUGGAGAGAAGCCCUUCACGUGCCUUCAGUGUGGAAAGGCUUGCACCCAAAAAGGUAACCUGAGGAUUCACAUGAGAGUUCACACGCGAGAGAAGCCUUUCACGUGCCUUCAGUGUGGAAACACCUUCAAAUGUAAAGGGAGCUUUAAUUUGCACGUGCGAAUCCACACUCAGGAGAAACCUUUCACGUGCCUUCAGUGUGGAAAGAGUUUUUCGCAGAAAUCGCACCUGAAGAUUCACAUGGUAGUUCACACCGGAGAGAAGCCGUUCACGUGCCAGCACUGCGGGAGAGCUUUUAAACGCAAAGAAAGCUUCAACGUGCACAUGCGAAUUCACACUGGAGAGCGGCCUUACACGUGUGAUCAGUGCGGAAAGAGUUUCAUACAGGAGGUCAGUCUCAAAUCUCACCUGUGCUUUAAAUCGCCAUCAGUCCAUAAAAAACACCCAAAGAUGAAUGCGAACGAGAAGCACCAGCAGACGCACGGCGCUGUAAACGCUCACGAGUGCCCCGAGUGUGGUGAAGCUUUCUCUAGAGCUCGCGAAUUGAAAAUGCACCAAAGAAAUCACGAAGAAGACCAAGCCUACAAGUGCUCAGGAUCCCUGGAAACACUCGAGCGAGAGAAGCCGUACCACUGCCCAUCAUACUCGGCAGAAGUAACAGAGGAAGGUCAAGAACCCGAUGAAGUGGCGUGCAACCAUGAGUCGGACCAUCAGUAUCAGAAACCUACGCACUUCAUAGCUGGAGAAAAAGCGUUCAGUCCGUCACAGGACGUUGACCAGGACAGAACCAAGAGAACCGAAGCCAGGCCGUUCACGUGCCUCCAGUGCGGGAAGACUUUCAAACGGGCCACGGACGUCAAAGGUCACCUGCGCUAUCACUCCGGCGAGCGGCCGUUUACCUGCGACCAGUGCGGGAAGAAAUUCAUCCUGGCGUCGCACUUAAAAACGCACCUGUCGAUUCACUCGAACGAGAAGCCGUUCUUGUGCUCCAUCUGCGGCAAGAGCUUCUCGCGCCUCUGCACUUUCAAAGAUCACGAGAACAUACACACGGGUGUGAGAGAUCACGUGUGCUCCGAGUGCGGCAGCGCCUUCGUCACGGCCAACGCGCUGAAGAUGCACCAGCGGGUUCACACCGGAGAGAAGCCCUACAAGUGUUCCCACUGCGGGAGGAGUUUCAGUCACUCGGGGGCCCUGAAGAGACACGAGCGGGUGCACACGGGAGAGAGGCCGUACCACUGUCCCCUCUGCGGGAGGAGGUUCACACAGUCCAGCAAUCUACUGACCCACGUCAAGAGACACUGUCCCAAGUCACGCUGACCAACGAGGACUCACUGCAAACCAGAAAGAAUCGCAGACU